AUGGCUGCCAUUCCAACCAACGCUCCGACUAGCACUCCAUCGCUUAGACCAACAGCAGGAAGCAAGACCGAUAAUCCCACCUCGAGUAGCAUGGUAGCUCCCAUUGCUGUCACGUACCCUCCAAUUACCCAGCCUCCUACCUUUGCUACGUCAGCCCAAACUUCAGAAUCCUUGUCUCCAACUAUCUCAGUCUUUGGAAUCCUUGGGACUCCUAUUCCAGUUGACGUGGUGAUUUCCGUACUAGGAGAUAAAACAACCCCUCCAAGCACGCUGCCCACAAGCUUACCUGUGAUGGCAACGAAUGUUCCAACCGGCAAAGAGCCAACUGAGCAACCUACACUUAUUCCUGCCCUGUCACAGGAAGAAAUCCUUACCCCGAGACCAACAUCUGUUCAAACAUCCCAACCUCCAACAUCGGUGGUUCCAACUUCGACACCGCAAGUCUCAAGUGUAACAACUCCAAUGCCAAUUCCAGUAACAACUCCAAUGCCAAUUGAGCCAGUAACUCAAACUCCCUCCACGUUUCCAGUGUCCACUCCACCUACGUCUAUCGCUCCGACGAACACCAAUUCUGCACAUUAUUGUGGGUGCCCGUCCUGUACUAGUUCCGUUUGGAACGCGGACGCCGAUACCUUCUCUUGUGGUGAGCGCAUCGAGUACAUCGUGUACAGCUUGGGCGGAUCAUGGGAAGCUGCAUGUCGGCAGGUUGCGGGCCAAGAAUUCCCUCAAAGAUGUGGGCCGUUUUGUGAUCCAGAUGCUUGCCAUUCACUCACCGUGAACAGUGGAAUUACACCCGACCAAGAUGUGGAUCAUCCACUGACAGCGGUUCCCACGGCAAUCCUUAGUGGGACUGGUGCAGAACCCACAAUAGUACCCUUGAAAACAACCAUGCGACCAUCAAUCUCACCAACACAACUACCCAUUGCCACACCCAUCCUUAAUCCAACCAGAGAAUCUACCGAGGCUCCGUCUGGUGCAUUCUUCGCAGUAUCCAAUGACGAGCCAGACGCUGCAGAUUUGCCAUUGGAGACGGACAACGGAGGAACGACAGGUAUAAACGCGAAACCAGGUCUUUCCGCCGGUUUACACACCGAAUCUCCCUCAGUUCGGCCUAGCCCGGAGGUGGAUUGGCCUAGCGUGUUGAUUACAUCAGCCGCAACUCGCAUGUCUUCGGCAAGUUGCGUCGCUGCUCUAGUAGGUUUGAUGGUUGCUUUUUGUGGCUUUUGGGUGUCUUAA